AUGGCGCGCAUUAAUCUAUUACUGCUCUACCUGAUUUCCUUGAUAACCCUAGUAUCCGCAGGCUCUCCCACCUUUUGCAAAUGCACCUGUUUCAAAAACAGUACUCUCAUAAUCCUAGACGAGCCUGCCGACUCGAAUAACCACGCCGAUCUCGCUUUUGCCGGCCUUCGAAGCUUGGUUUCCCCUGAUUAUGCCACCGUCAACGAAUCGCCUCGAGCCGUCUCGGGUCUAUGCGCUGAGUGCACCAAGGCUUUCUGCCUCGGCCAGGAGCUAGAUAUCUGCGAAAAGGCCAAGGAAUCGGACGUCACGACACAAUGCUUCAAGCGGGAUAGCAUCAAGGACAGGCUCAUCGUUUGGGGUUUCCUCAUCGGCACUCUUGGUCUGCUUGGCUGGGCAGCGAUACGACGUUUAAUGGCGUGGAGACAGCAGAGGGCAGCCAGCAGGAAUAACAUGAACUACGGUCAUAUCCCUCAAAGAUGA